UUUCAAGCAUUCAGUUCUUCUCCGUCUCCUACUGCUCCGAUUCAUUCGUUUCUUUCUCUCUGAUCUGAACGCGCUUACUCUGAAUCUGCAAUUCAAUUCAACCACCACCGCCUUCUUCCACCGCUCAUCGCCAUUCUCAUCUCAUUUUCAUUGAUUUUCCAUUUCUUUUCAUAUCGCUCUCCAUUUACGUGCUCCUCUGUUUUUUUUGCAGGGUUUCUAACCAUGGACACUGGACCGUUGAAUUGUUCAUCCAAGAUGAAGUACAGAUCAUCCUUUCAGGGCCGUCUCUUCCGCUCUAAGAAUUCUCAAGAAAACUUGGACAGGUUUAUUCCCAAUCGCUCGGCGAUGGAUUUCGGCUACGCGCACUACAUGCUCACCGAGGGUAACAAGAAGGGCAGGGAGAAAGAGAACGAUGCGGUGAUGUCACCAUCUCGAGAAGCAUACCAGAAGCAACUCGCCGAGGCUUUCAACAUGAAUCGCACUCGAAUCUUGGCCUUCAAGAACAAACCUCCAACUCCUGUUGAACUCAUUCCCAAGUGCAUCCUUUCGCCUCCUCCUCCAUCCAAUUUCUCUAAGUCCAGGCGUUGCGUUCCUCAGAGUUCUGAGAGAACGUUGGAUGCUCCUGAUAUACUCGAUGACUUUUAUUUGAACCUACUGGACUGGGGUCGCGGCAAUGUUCUUAGUAUCGCCCUUGGGAACAGUGUGUAUCUAUGGAAUGCCAAUGAUAGCUCCACCGCUGAACUUGUCACUCUAGAAGAGGAAGAUGGUCCUGUUACAAGUGUAGCCUGGGCUCCCGAUGGACGCCAUUUAGCCAUUGGUUUGAAUAAUUUUCAUGUCCAGCUCUGGGAUUCUCAUUCUUCUAGGAUGGUAAGAACAUUAAGAGGUGGACAUCAAGCACGUGUGGGUUCACUAUCUUGGAACAAUCAUAUCCUCACAACAGGAGGGAUGGAUGGUAAAAUCGUUAACAAUGAUGUUAGAGUGAGGUCUCAUAUUGUUGAUUCUUAUAGAGGACAUCAGCAGGAGGUCUGUGGGCUUAAGUGGUCUCCCUCAGGACAACAAUUGGCGAGUGGGGGCAACGAUAACGUUGUCCACAUAUGGGACAGGGCUACUGUCUCUUCAAAUUCAGCAAACCGUUGGCUUCAUAGAUUUGAGGAACAUAGAGCUGCUGUGAAGGCAUUAGCUUGGUGCCCAUUCCAAGCAAAUCUGCUAGCUUCAGGUGGAGGUGUGGGCGAUCACUGCAUUAAGUUCUGGAAUACGCAUACAGGAGUGUGCUUGAACUCUGUCAACACAAGCUCACAAGUGUGCGCUCUGCUGUGGAACAAGAAUGAGCGUGAGUUGCUUAGCUCUCAUGGUUUCACCGAGAACCAGCUCACUCUUUGGAAAUAUCCUUCAAUGUUUAGAAUGGGAGAGCUCAAGGGUCAUACCUCCAGGGUGUUGUAUAUGACGCAAAGUCCAGAUGGGUGUACUGUGGCUUCUGCAGCAGGGGACGAGACUCUGAGAUUUUGGAAUGUUUUUGGAACUCCACAGCCUUCGAAACCAGCGCCGAAAGCCAAUAUUGAGCCAUUUGCUCAUGUGAGUCGUAUUCGCUGAAGAUGAACGUAGACGUUAUAUUAAUUUUUUUUUAGUUUUUUAAUAUUAUCCUGAUCAUUCUUUUAUUUCUUUGUAUAUUUAUUCUCUUACGCACAAACAUGCAUGU